AUGAAAGGUUUUAUCAUCACCAAUGCAUCCAAAGAUGAGAGAUGGUUUGAGCAUAUUGUUACCGGAUUCUACAUUGCGAUCUUCGUGAUCACAUUUAUGACGAACACGUUCCUCUUCAUCGUGUUCCUGAAGAAUAAAUCGUUCCGCGACCUCAGCACUUACUUGAUCGUCCAGAUGGCGGUAGCUGACGUGCUGUAUCUUUGCGUCACCUGCGCUAUCAUUGUCAUAAAGAACUUGGAUGUACAGCUUAGCCGGCCGAUGUGCAAAGCCUUGUUAUAUGUAGAGGGAGUGGCCAGAUUUGCAUCUUCGCUCUCUCUGAUGUUGAUCAGUCUUGAGAGAUCCAUGUCUGUUUGCUCACCAUCGAUGUGCUAUACAAUCAGGAAAAUUUCUGGAGUCAAGAAAAAAGCUUUCUUAAGCGUUUUCAUCAGCGCUGUGAUUCUUCGUUUAGGAGUCCUUUUCGUGGCGUGUGACUCUGAAAAGUGGGCCCCUGGCUACAGAGUAGCUGUGACUGUCGCUACUUAUACCCUCCCCCUGGUGGUAGAGCUGACUGCCUACACCAUAUCUUACCACAAUAUCAACCGAAGACUUAGAGCUUCAGCAGGUAGCAAACAAGUUCUGUUGUUUAUCAAGAGGUCGCUGAAGGUUUUUGUGCUAAUCGCUGUGGUCUUUGCAGUCUGUACACUUCCUGCAUCAAUCAUGGUGAUUCUUCAGUCACUCCGUGUUUACACACCUAGCUAUUUUGUUGGAUAUGUCGGGGACAUAAUUGAAUGCAUUCCCUGUGUCACAAACGUAAUCUGCUAUCUGGUCUGCAGUCCAAAGUUUCGCAUGGAAAUCAGGAAACUCUUAUCAGUACUCAGGUAUUGUAACACUGGUGAAUACAUUUCCAAAUCAGCCUCUGCAGAAGGCGCAGAAAACGUAGACGGCCUUGAUGACGAAAAGAAAAACAAGCGCGCCAUUGACAAGACCACUUUAAAGUUGGAUUGGAUUCUUGGCGAUGACCCAUCUCAAGUCGUCAUUCCAGGAUCCCCUACUCUGAGGGUAGACACACCAGCUAGUGCUGUACCCCCUGACUCCAUAGAAGUACCUCUUAUGGCCCUAGAAACCAUUGCAGAGCAAGACGAAACAAUUCCCCGACGGGCAGCUCGAAAAGGCACCAGCGUUAACACUUGGCCACGCAUGCGUCAAACUCCAAACGAUCGACGUGUCCCGGAGAAUCUUGCGGCAUCCAAGGACUCCGUUUUUUCUGGGUCAAGUUUAAACGGUGUGGACAUUGGAGUUCACCAAUCUGGGUUUGAGACAGGUUUAUCCACGGAGACAGUGGAUAAUAUUAUGCCAAAGAUCUCUAAACAUACUGUCAAGAAUGUGGAAAUAGGAACCCAAACUGAGUUCAGCAGAGUUGACGUACAUGAGACUGUGAAAGAAGGUAGAUUAUAG